UUCUCUGUAGCUCUAAAUGGAGUUCACAGCCAACAUAGUGGCACCGGACUUCAGCUCCAAAGCUGCAGCAUCUCCCAGAAGAAAACUACCUGCUAUCUCACGAUUCACUGCCAAGCUCCAUGACCUAACUGCCUAUCAGGUUAGACUCACACCCCGCGCUGCAUCAUGCCCCACCUACCGAGAGCUUCUGCUCUUUCAGCUUUCCGUGCAGGUCCCCAACUGCGCGCUCCUAUUAACAAACGCUUCUUCACUCCCUCGGCAUACAACAUGGCCAUCAAGGCUUACUUUGAUUGCUCUUGGACCGGCCCCAUCGUCGAGGUCGACAACGCUGGCAACGUCACCGGCCAAGGUGAUGUCAAAGCGCAAACCGGCCGUGUCAACUUCGAGCUCUUCGACGAUGUCGUCCCCAAGACAGUUGAGAACUUCCGCGCUCUCUGCACCGGCGAGAAGGGCUUUGGCUACAAAGGCUCAAAGUUUCACCGUGUGAUUCCCGACUUCAUGCUCCAGGGUGGUGACUUCACCCGCGGCAAUGGCACAGGUGGUAAGAGCAUCUACGGUCCACAGUUCGCCGACGAGAACUUCAAGUUGAAGCACAACCGCCCCUUCCUCCUCUCCAUGGCCAACGCCGGUCCCAACACCAACGGUUCUCAGUUCUUCGUCACCACCGUCGUUACCUCAUGGCUCGAUGGCAAGCACGUCGUCUUUGGCGGUGUUCCCGACGGCGACGUCGAAUCCUACAAGGUUGUCCGAUCAAUCGAGGCCUGCGGCUCCAGCAACGGCACCAUCAAGUACAAGGAUGGCCCACCUACCAUCACUGAUGCCGGGGCCCAGUAGGUACUCUGCGAUGAAGGUGGAAUAUAGCCAUGUUUGACUAUCUGAG